CAGCACUGUCACAUAACACCGCUGGCCAGGACAGGAGACGGAUACCUCCUCGUCCUCUAUAUUUAGAUGUCUAACCUGCAAAAACAAAUCCUUUCCUGUCCCUCGGAGAAAACUGAAAUCAUCGCAGGAAGCAGACGGCUCACGGGAGGGCCCAGCAGCGAUGGCCUCAGUGAAGAAGGACGACAGACUGACCAGGUCUCAGAGCUUCAUGUGUGUCGGUUUCGCUGGGGUUUUCAGUAAAACCGCCACGUCGCCUUUGGAGGUGGUUAAAAUUAAAAGUCAGGUGGGGACUUUUCACUGUAAGAGCGGUUUCUGGCAGAGUUUCCUGCUCAUCUACCAGAAUGAGGGACUUCGAGGAUUUUGGAAAGGAAAUCUCGCCUCUUGUCUGCGGUUGUUCCCCUACACCGCAGUUCACCUCACAACAUACAGAAAGAUAGUCCACCUUCACAUGGACGAAGUGGGCUUCAUCUCUCAGUGGAGAGCCAUAUUGGCCGGUGGACUGGCGGGUGCUGCUGCCGCCCUGACCACGUACCCUCUGGAGGUGGCAGAAACCAGACUCAUCGUUCAGAACUGCAGACAGCCCACGUACAUCGGCGUAGCUCAUACUAUCUCAGAGAUCUACAGGAGCGAAGGAUUGCUCGCUCUCUACAGGGGCUUUUCUCUCACUUUCCUGGGUGCUUUUCCCUUUUCCAUCGGGUGCUAUGCGGUCUACAUGAACUUGGACAAGCUGUGGCAGGAGCCUCAUUUUCGUUUCACUCCCCUCCAGAACUUCAUUAAUGGCUGUCUGACAGCGGCGGUGGCCCAAACCCUCUCCUACCCUUUUGAAACUGUAAAGCGGAAGAUGCAGGCGCAGAGUGCCCGUCUGCCUCAUCUUGGUGGAGUCGAUGUCCAUUUCAGUGGAAUGAUUGACUGUUUCAUACAGGUUGUGAAAAACAAGGGCGUCCUCUCACUGUGGAACGGCCUAACUGCCAACACAAUAAAGAUUAUCCCGUACUUUGGUCUUCUCUUCACCUGCUUUGAGAUGUGUAAGCAGGUUUGCCUUUACCGCAACGGGUACAUCGUCUCACCCCUGAGCUACAGACUUGCGCCGGGGGUGGACCAGAGCCUCGGGCCGUACGAGCUGGAAGAGGCGAAGCGCUACUUGAAAAACAGGAACUUUGGGUCAGGGGAGUCGUCUUUUGGAAACCGCUGGUGAAACUUCACUUUAGAGGAUGUCUUGUGGAUGAAUAUUGACUGCUGACCACACUUGACCAGCAAAGCGAGUUAUUUGCCAGAUUAAAAUACUUCAGAGUCUUGUGUCUGUAAUAAUUACAUAACAUUCAGGUUUCAUGUCUUCAUACAAGGUAUUAACAUGCAUUUACAUUAUGUCCUGUCGACAAUGGUCUACCUCUUUCACACAAAGUUGUUAUUUUAUCUGGCAGUAUUAUUCGUUUAUGAAUUGUUCACUAACAACUGUCUUUCCAUGACUCUUGUUUUAACAAAAAUAUUAUGUGCCUUGAGCGUUAACUAUUUAUUUUGAGGCUUAUGUCAGUACUUGUGUCAUUGACAUUAAAUAGUGCCAUAGUUUAUUCAAAUAGCUGCAAAUACUGUUUUACUUAACCUGUGUAGAAUGUGUUUUUAUUGUACAAUCAAUGUAAAAUUGUGAUGUUUCAUAAGUCUGGUUAUGGACAAUCAUGUGCUAACAUGGAUUGUGAUAAAAGAAAAUAUGCUUAGAACAUUAAAAUUUCACUGACCCAUU